AGUCUGCGUUGUAGACGGUAGAGCCCAUAACCACGUGUUUCCCUUCUGCUGAAUUGACAACAUACAACGUGUUUAUGUUACAUUGUAGACAAAAUUGAAAACAAAUAAUACUCAUCAUGGCAGGGUUAUCUAAAAAAGCUCCUAAAAUGAAGGUGAAUGCAGAAAAUUUUGAAGUUGUGACUUUUGAGAGCAGAAAAAAGAAGCAAAAAACCAGUGAAGAUGAAAAGCAAAAAGAGGAAGAAGAGCAAGUUUUGAGCAAGGAGGAAGCGGAAAAGGAAAUGAAAAGGCUUCGCCAUGAGGUCCUGAAGUUUGCCAUUAGCGGAUCCAGUAAAGAGGAAGCUCGCCAAAAAAAAAUAGAGCUACUUAUCAAAUUGGGUGCCAAGCCACCAAGAAACUACAACGUAAAUUAUAAGAAAUUACAAGUGCAAAAUAAAAUUGAAAAAGAAAAGCAAGCUAGACUCGGAAAGAAAGAGGAUUUAAAGAUAAACGAAAUGAUUUCAAUCAAGAAAAAAUUAAAAUCGAGAAAAGAGUUUCUGGCAGCCAAAAAAAAGAAAAAAGCUGACGGAAAGGCAGCAAAGAAGAAAAGGAAUCAGGCAAAACACAAGGAAGGUGGCUUAACAGGUGGUUAUGGUAAAGUUAAAUGAGGAGAUUGUUAUGUCUCAAAGAUUUUAUAUUGUUUCAUUUUCUUAUAAAGAUUUUAACAAAGAUCUUGUGAAGAUGAAAAUUUCUUUAAG